CUGGAUGGGACAGUCGUUACCUCCUAUCUAAAUGAGGUGACGUCACCAGUGUGUGUUUAUAAAUGAAUGGGGUGUUGAUAUGAGUUCACACAGUGUUACAGGAGCAGACAAGAAGGAGGAGGAGGGAUUCCAAGCCAACUCCAGCUCUUCUGCUCGUUGUAUUUUUGUAACAGUAACACUUGGGGGAUUUUUUUUCUGCUUGAAGUAACAAAGUCCUAGAAUCAGGAUGCAUUUCUCUCAUAUCCUUGCUUGGGGACUUGUGCUGGCUGCACUGUAUGUUAGGAUGGAGGCAAAACCCACUGGCCAGGCACACCAAAAGGUGAGUGCUCACCUGGAGUCUCUCUCUCUCUCUCUCUCUCUCUCUCUCUCUCUUGCAUUCAUUCACAGUUUUCACCUUUUGUGCUGCUGCUUAUUUUCUGUCUGUGUUUUUGUGUGUUCGGUUUGUUUUUUUGUUAUAUUUGUUUUUCUAUUGUUAUUAAUAUUUUAUGUUUUUGUUAUUUUUCUUCUAAUUUGUGCUUGUACUGUUUGCAAUGUUACUGCUGGUUGUUUCAUGUGAACUGCAACGUGACAGGUGUAUGAAGGGUGCAGAUUGAGAAUUUAAGGUCAGGGGGUAGAAAGAGCUGGAAGAAUGAUGGGUUUAAUGGAUGCCAGGUGAGUUUGCCUCGGGUAUUUUACCAGCAAAGUGCGUGUGUUUAGUGAAUGUGCUGGAAUAUUUUCACAUCCAUACCAUUAUGUGAUUGGUGCGGAUAAAUGUCCAGGUUUGUAAGUGUAUAUAGUAGUAGAUACAUGGCAGAGCCAGCUAGCUGUACUUAACAGUGUAUGGCAAAUCAUUUCCCAAUGUUAUCACAAACUGAGAAAGAUCACUCAGUUGUAAAAAUAUUGUACAAAAUGGAAAGGAAGGCAUUAAGGUUGGAUCUGUGACAUUGCAUCCUUUGCACUUUAGUCUGUUUAAUACUUGGAAAGCCAAACUCAAAAUGUAAGUGUUGCCUAAGUAGUACCAAUCGACAGUGCAAAUCUCCAGCAUCUCCUCACAGCUUGACCUCAGUUAGGACCAUCAAAAAUGGUUCCUUUUUAACACACUGGGUUAGAUAUAUAAUAGCCUAUUAGCAGAAAAGUUCUAGAAGUGUGGCAAUCACAAUGACUGCUAAUGGAAUCCACAGGGAUAUUCCACUGGUUACCGUGGUGAUUGCUCCGCGGUUAAAGCAUUGCUCCUCUUAUAUCUGUUAGCGUCACCUGCGCAUGAUGGAGCAGUCACCAGAGUGUUAUCGUUGAUUGCUCCUCUUCUAGAAUUAGCCUUUCAUUGAGGCGCACGGUGACUGUCCUUCACCGGGGAGUAUCAUGUACACAAUAUAGCAUAGGGUUACCUUCAAAAGGUUCUCCCUAUCUCUCCUGACUGUUAGAUUAUUUAUGUGGCUGAUCUGAUUUGUAAUUGGGUUGCAAACAUCCAGGACCACACAUACAGGUCACUAGAAACACCAGAGCAAAUCUACUUGUGAAAACUGUGUCCUCCCUCUGUAGAGUCCAGGUGUCUGGCUGGGUACCAGGGCGGUUCUGCCAUGCCCCCCCUCAUCAGGCCAACAGCUGGUAUAGCGAGGAUGCUUGGUGUGCCAGCAUUUAAAAUGUAAUCCAAUAUUUGCACGGAAAAGAGUUAAAACAAAUGCGUGGGAAAAAGGCAAAACGACUGCCACAACAUGGGAUUCCUGUGCACAUAGAUACAGUGUAAUCUUUAUGCCGGGGGUUGGAGAAAGGGCACUGCUUACAGACACUGAUCCAUAGGUUACAGUCACAGUGACCUCUGGUAACCCCACCUGCAGAGUGCAACAAGUGUUUACAAUCACAUUACCUGCAUUUACCUGGUUACAUGAAAUCCCAGUAAUCUACAGAAUCAAUGCUCUAGGAGACCAGGGAGAGUAGAAAAUGACAAUAUUCAGAUUACAUUAUUCCUGAUGUACUUGUUCAUAUGAAAAUGUAUAUUUUUGACAAGCAGCUUGAAGUCAGUGAUAGUUUUAUUAUAAUGACUAAAAAUAGUGGAAAAGAUCCAGGAGCCAUAUCUCAUUCAUCCAGUGUUUGCCAACAGAGAGAAUGUGUGUUUAUAUACAGAGAGUGCCAUAGAUACAAACUAUUUCUUAACGAGAGUGAGCAGGUGGCUGUCUGGCAUAUUAUAUUUAAAUCAGGGGCACUGGAUAUUAUACAAGCACCUGCUAACUUAACAUAAAAAAAUAAAAAUAAAAAAAAUCCCUCUAACAUCUAGAUGAUUAACCCUUUCCUGCCCCGCGGGGAGAGGGGGGGGGUGAAGAAAGUAUCUCAAAGAAAUCCUGUAAACCAGAUGUCUGAACUAUAUAUUUCCAAUGAAACUAUUUUAGCCUACAUUUUAAACUGCUAAUAACUGGCCACUUGGUGAAUAGCUCCCCGUCUCCUCUAAGUGUGUUGCAGCUGGUUUUUGAGACAUAAUCACUGAAAAUGCCUCUAGGAGAUGCACAAUGUGCAAUGCUAGCAUAGAGUACAGGUGAAAUAAUAAUAAUAAAAUGCAGAAAUGAACAGUUUAAAUAAAUGAUCAAAGUGUGGGGAAAAAUGAUUUUAAUACUUUAUACUCUCUCUGUCACAAUUCGUUUUUAGCACAAACAUUUUUAAUUUGUAUAAAACUGUUGAAUGUUGUGUAGAUAGUAUCUGUUUGUGACACUGUUUCCUUCUAUUAUAAUUCUAAUAUUAUCUUCACUUCGCUUUUGGGAAAAGUGUCUUGACACGACUUGUGGUAGUGAGGGGGUUAAUCUGUGUGAUUCUCACAAGUGCAGAUUCAAAUAAUAAUAAAAGAGUGAGCUAACUCUUGUAGCUCAGAGUCCACAAUCUACUCAGCAGAAAUGUUUUCAUGGGCAAUCUAUGCAUUUUAUGGCUCCAUAUACCCCUUUUUAUAAGUAGUGGACGUGCUAAACGUGAUUAAGAUUACACCUCAAGAAACAAAAUGUAAUUGUAUUAGAAUAGAUAGUAAAUGGAUUGGAAUAUUAACAACCCCUCCUUACAGCCACUGAUCUUUUACACAGUCAUCACAAUGUAGUCAUUGUGCCAAAUUGCAAUCUGCUGCUUGUGCAGCAUUGGCAGCUCUGCUGUGCUCAAAUCAGGGGAAUGAUUGAAAAAAAUAGUUUGUUAGAUUCUAUUCUAGGUGGUGCUUAAGGUGUUAAAGAGAUACUUUAACUGCUUUUAAAAUGAUAAACCCAUACUGCCAUUGGGGUACUAUAAUUAGUUAGAAAUAACUGACACACUAACUACUGGACUGUUGGACAUGUCAAAUGCUGUCAGAGCAUGGUGGGAAUUAUAGUCCAUAAGCUUAGUGUCAGCCGCUUCAUGACUUUAAACCCCACCCUGCUUUUAUAUGACACACAUCUCAGAUCCUUCAUGAGAAUGUGAGAAUUCAGAAUGUAAUCCUUCAUAGAUUCAAAACAUUCCCAGAUCCCAGUAGAAUUACCCAUCUAGUCCUAAUUUUGCUGUUGUUGCUCAGGUUCCAUGCAGAGAACAUGAUGCACAUAGCAGACCCCUGCAUUUCUUGUGUGACAGAUUUAUCAGGGUUGUCUUGAAAAGUGGUGCAGAAUUCUGUAGCUCUAGCAGUCACCAUAGAAACCAGUGGAAUCAGCAGAUACAUUCCAUUGGUGAGUGCACUGCUUUUACAACUUUGCAGCACUUUUCUGAACAUGCACUUUGAUAACCUGUUGGCUUAUUAGCAAAUAUCCCAGCUGUUGGCCAUCUGUCUCUGGACUGGAUGAGCAAAAACUAUCAAUGACCUCACUAUUCCAUUCAAUCUGCAUUCCCCCAUCUCUUCUUCUUAGUCAAUGUUAGGCAUCUUAGGAAACACAUACUUUCUUUAUAAUAGUUAGGGUUAUUUACUAAAAAAUUAAAACCUACCAGGUUCAGAAAUACAAUUGCUAAAUUUAGGCAAAAAUAGCUAAUCUGAUUUAAAUAUAUAUAUAUAUAUAUAUAUAUAUAUAUACAUACAUAUCAACUCCGCAAUAUAGCUUUGCUUGUUUUUUUGCCAAAAUGUUUCAAUUUGAAAUUCAAACUGGUACAAUUCAGAGUUUAAUGAAUAAACCCAACUGUUUCCCAAAGCAAACCUAUGAUAUUAUAAUUGCUUAUUAAUAAUGCAUGCACAUUGCUGUAGAAGUGACGCUAUCAGGCCUCAUCAAAGGAACUAAUUUUGAAUUGCAUUUCUCUGUGUUCUGCAGUCACUUCGUGCUCUGUUGGGUGAGGAACUGGCAGAGUAUUUAGCAUCAGGAGAAAGGGGAGAAAGGAACAUUGAUGCUAAAACCCGUGCCCGGCUUCUACGGGACCUGCGUGCUGACACCCGUUCGCGAGCAGCCUGGUCCAGACUACUCAAUGAAUAUCCCAACACCCGUAAAUUUAAAGGCAUUAAUAAGAAAGGUUUAUCCAAGGGAUGCUUUGGCCUCAAACUGGACCGAAUUGGAGCCAUGAGUGGCCUGGGGUGCUAGAAGUUGGAGCACCAUCUAGUGGCGGUCAGUAAGCAUUACAUUAUCAAAGUGUAUUCCCUUGUGUUUGAAAUACCCAUGCAUUUCACAUAUUAAUUUGACAUAUUCUAGCCUGAUCUGUCCAUGAUUUACUACAAUAUUGCUUAAUUUUAAUCCAGUAUGGGUAUACACCUAUUAUUUGGGACUGCAUUUCUUGUACAUCUGCUUAUGUACUCGCCAUGAUCUAUUGUGUAAUGCUCAAAUCCUCUCUAGUUUAAUACAGUUAUGUUAUCGCAUGCAACAUUUAGAUGUAGACAAAAUAGCCAUUACUACUCCAACAGCAUAAAGCAACAAUAAAUAUAAUUGGGUAAAUAGGUGAUAUGCUGACUAGGCACAUCUGUCCAUAGUCCUUUGCAAGAACAAUGAGUGCUGGAAGUGGAGGGGGAUUAUGUCAUAUAAAAUGCACCAAUUAAUCACACAUGUAGCAUCUGUUUAAAUCUGCUGUCAGCCAUUGUUAUAUAGAUAUGUCAUUAGCUUUAAAACUGACAAAGUUAUGUGAUGUGACUGAACCGUCUGCAUACUGUGUUGCAAUUUUCUAAACAUUGUAGUGCUUGCAUCUGAUGAAUAGGUUCCAUGAGUAAGAAUAUGAUUGAUCAGUCCUUUUAGUCCAUUGAUAGGCAACCUUUGGCACUCCAGAUGUUGUGGACUACAUCCCCCAUAAUGCUCCUACAUCCAUAAUGCUGACAAAGCAUCAUGGGAGGUGUAGUCCAAAACAUCUGGAGUGCCGAAGGUUGCCUCUGCCUGUUCUAGUCUAACACAUUAUGAGAUCCCGUCAUUGCAUAUAGAUGCACUCAUCUUUUAGAAUAUGAAGACUUUUUUUAGGCAGGACAUACCACACUGUCACAUGUUUGAGACAGUAGUUUACUUAAUCUGACUUUGGCAGUUUCUUCUCACAAUGCUUUUACCCCUUUAUAAAUCAUCCACCUACUCCUCUCUCCCCAACCCCUCCUGCACUUGUGUUCAUUUGGCUGAAUUUGAAAUAUGAUCAGGACAGAAAGUUUUAAUAUUUAUAUAUUUAAGCAUGUUCUACUUAAGUAAGCAUCUUGGCAGACAGUGAGAGUGCCUGCAUUUAACUGAAUGAAGGCUAAGUAAACUGGGAUUAUUAGCCUAUAAUUGGCUAUAUCCAUGGUUUUAACGUGACAGCCAUGCAUUAUGUAGUGUUUAAAGAUCACAUAUUAAAUGGAUGAUAACCCAGAUUCCUAGAUACAUUAUAACACCAUAUCUUUGUGGCUCUUCUAAGAACUCAGAAUGGUUCAUUGCUAACACAGCACAAUAAACCCCAGCACAGGAUUGGAACAGGAUUUGCCUGCAUUGUGAGGUUUGCAGCCUAUGUGAGGAGGUGGGAGGAACAGGGACAACUCGAGGAAAAUAAAUGAUUUGAGGCCAGAGCUGUGCUUCCCAGGAUCCUGGCAGCGAAUGUACCGGGGCUGUGUUAUUAAUAACUAUGAUCAUAAUUCCAUCUGCGUUUUUCCAUGUGCUGUUACAAAGCUUGAAGUGCUGUAUGAGAGAAGUCAGAAUUCUGGCUUGCCACUUUCUAAUAACACCACUAAUCCUGAAGUCUUUUCUCUUUCAGGCUCCGAACAUCGACAACGGUUUCUGAUCACUGGUCGUUAUCCUGUCUCAGAGUAGAUGCCCAUCUGAGAAUCUUAUGUUUCCUGAAGCCAAAGAUUCCUCGGUGGGGGUGACAGGCUGGUACGAUGGGACAUAGGACCUGCUGUUACCACAUGUCUAUCUUCAUUCUGUUCCUAGCGCACAAGAGCCACACAUGUGCGUUUUGUGUCCACAUCUGUAACGAGGGCUGCCUAGCAGUUUACAUAUCAACGUUUGGAGGCGUGCAUCACCUUUUAGGUGGCCAAGCAGACUCUCAUGCGUUACCCUAUGUAGGGCGACUAGACUCUCUAUGUGCCAAACCAUUCCUAACUCAUGGCCUGUCGGUGUUUCAGCCACAUGGACAUCUUCACUAGGUCACAAGUCUUCACGUGCCACUUUAGUUACAAUUAAACCCUUAGAUUAGACCCAUCAGCUCUCAACACUAAAAAGCUAUAUUGACACACUGAUUGGAGUGCAGUAGGCACACAAAGGUUUUCUUGCCAACGUGUCCAUCUUAGUGACCAGCCUCCAUCAGAAUUUGAUUAUCUAAACAUGAUCACUACGGAAAGAAAGACUUGGGACGUCUUCCCAGUCCUAUCACAGAGGGAAGGUCAUAUUUAAACUUCUACUGGCUGCUCAACUAAUUUUAAUCCUGUAUGUUAGUUUAGUGUGGCCACAGCUACUUAAGUAAAUGAUUUGUCAAUGCUCCAAAUGACUUAGCAAAAAUGUAUUUCUUUUGUGUGUGUGUGUUUAUUUGUAAUCUAACUAUAGCACUGCUAGGGUAAACAGUGCUGCACUUGGUACAGGGAAUUUACAGCUCAUUUAGAUUGACUCAUGCAGUAGGUGACUUGCAGCUGGGAUAGUGUUCUUAGCAGAUGAUCCAAAUAAAUAUAUGCAUUGGUGCUGUGUGCCAUUGGAUUGCUCUGCAAAAUACAUUCUGCAACAAAUAUAAUGUAGAAUUAGACAAGAGGUAUAGAAUACCUCCUAUUAUAACUGCCCUAUACACGUACUGAACGUUUGGAACUAGCUAGAUUCCUAUACCCACCAGAGAGUUACAAUGAAUUCAGCAUGUAGAACAAGAUCAUAUGGUAUUAACCCUGCACACAACUUAUUUUCUAGUAAUGUGGUUAUUAGAAUAUUUCGGAAACAAUGCAUUUAUUCUAACAUGCAGGAAGUAGGAAAUUUAACCCUUUCUGUGCUGGAGUAUCAGGCAAAGCAUUUCCACACCACUCAAGUGCACAAAAGGUUAAACAACUGGACCAACGAGGACUCUCGGGCUGAAGUGCAUUGGAAAGUGAGUGCCACUCUGAGUGGACUUAGGAGGUUCAGCAAGCCGUGGCAAAAUUUUUUAGUGCCCUUAUCCAGCAGUGCAAGGGUUACAUUUCCUGUUUCUGUAGUCACAACCACAUGAGAGGAGGAAGGGCUGGCAGAGCUGUCUGUAAAUUCACACCUCGCAUCAAUGUAUUUAUGUUGUAAAGCUAUUUAUAUUGUUUAUAAAGAGAUAUUUAUAAAGAACUUUUUAUUUAUGUAAUUAAAGAACGGGGUCAAACAUUGUAACAUUUUGUCCUAAAUAGUUGAAACGUUUUAAAGAUAAAAUUAAAAUAAAAAAAAAC